AUGGUUCGUGUUCUCUGCGCGCGUGCAGUGUGUGCAGACGGUGCAAGGGUGUCAGUGGGGCCGACAGCACAGAUAGCACAGACGUCGGCUGAGAACGAUUCUCCCCCGCUGCUUUCCGACAGAAUGUCGUCGAACAUGGACCUGAAGUCGAGAUCCAUGUCGUACUCUUCUUCCGAUUCUUCGAGGUCCACCUCGCUGUCCUCCUGA